UGAGACAAAGGGGGUAAGAGAGCGAGAGCGAGAUAAGCAUUUAGGAAUUUUUGGGGUUUUUUCUUUGUGGUGUAUUCGUUGAAUUACAUGCGUUGAAUUGAAUUGAAUUUUGUUAGAGAUAAUUAAGCGAAUGGUAGGCAAAGUGGAUGCUUAAUCGAUCGUCGUCGUUUCCUUGUCGGCGAUGUCUAAACACAAGGAACGAACUCUCAAUGACUUAUACAAUGUGACUUUCACUCUUUCUCAACCCAAGUAUGGAAACGGCGUCGUUUUGUGGAAGAAUUUUUGAUGUUGAUUUGUUGUUCGCGAUACUUGUUUGAAGACGAUUGUGAAGAUAACACCUUUGUUGAGAGGAAGCUUUCGGAUGCAAGGGCCAGUUUUUGAACCUAUCUGUAAUAACUACCAGACGAAUACGGUGUCAACUGAAGUCAAUAAGGAAUCCAUUUUGUGUACUCGGAAUCAGAGUGUUGGUGGAAGACUAGUCUCUGGGACGUGUAACGUGUGCUCCACUCCGUGCUCUUUUUGUUUUCCUCCUAGUCAGAGUCUCAUGGAGUCAAAAGUUGAUGAAUUAUCGGGGGAAACCGGUAUGAUAAAUAGCUUAAGUUUCUCCAUCAAUGAUGUUUCAUCUUCUAAUAAGACUAGAAAAUGUGAUGUUAGACAGAGUAGUGAAAUAAACAGUGCAAUCCGCACUACUACAAGUAACUUAUCUUUCUCUGCAAAUGCUGGAGUUAAAGCAAAUGCAAGGACUUCUGAUGGUUCAUCGGCUACUUCAGAUGGUGCAGUGCCUGCUAAGUUAAAGGAUCCCAAAUCUUUUGAAGUCCUUGAUGACAACAUGUCAUGCAUCGUUAGAGGCGAUCAAGCUAAUAAAUUGUCCAGCUUCAGUAAGAUGACUGAAGACAAAUCAAGUCUUCAGUGUUCUUCUACUUCUAGCGGGAAGACUAUAAAUAAUCAAACUUCUGCUAGAUUUGUACAUGUAAAAAAUGAGGCUGAUGAUGGUAGUCCAAUUGACCAUAGUAGGCAGAAUGAAAGUAGUGGGGAAGAAAAUAGCAAGGCACCUACUGAGGCGACCUCUUCAAAAAAUGUACAUAGUACAGGAGACUAUUUGGAAAACAACCAUUCAUUAUUAAAGAAUGAUGUGGCAUCUGAAGCUUCUGGUGAUCUACCUGCUGAUACUUGUCCUGAGAAGGAUGACCAAAAGAGUGUUGGAUCACCUGUUUCCUCUGAUACAAAGGAUGCCUUACAAUCACAUCAAGUGAAUGAGAGUGAGGAUUCUGACAUUGAGGAGCAAGAUGUGAAAGUUUGUGAUAUAUGUGGAGAUGCUGGUCGGGAGGAUUUACUUGCCAUUUGUUGUAAAUGUACAGAUGGUGCAGAACAUACUUAUUGCAUGCGAAAAAUGUUGCGAAAAGUUCCAGAGGGGGAUUGGAUGUGUGAGGAAUGCAAAUUUGAUGAGGAAAUGAAAAAUAGGAAAGAAGAUAAAUCUGUGAAGUUUGAUGGAAGUGGAAAAAGUUAUCCUACUGGUCAAAUUGCUGUUAGCAAUACAGGCUUCACCAUAAAAACGGAAGCAAAGCCUCCUGAUUUUGAGGGUGAAAUAUCUUCCGACGCUAAAACUUCUGUCAAGAGGCGCAUGGAUGAUACUGAAGUUUCUUCUGCAGCAAAGAAGCAGGCUCUUGAACCAGUUGCGGGAUCACCAAAAACACUGAGUCCCAACAGAUUUCCUGCACUUUCUCGUGAAAGUUCAUUUAAAAACUCAGAUAAGGUGAAGUUGAAGUCUGCAACUCAGAUUUCUUCUGGAGGUCUUUCUGUUCAUGAUGCUCCAACUUGGGGGUCACGAGACUCUCGAUUUCAGAGUUCUAGAGGUACCCUUUCAAAGUCUAAUUCUUUCAAUUCCGCGGCUGCAAAACGGAGAGUGCAACUUGUAGAUGAAGGUUUCCUGCCAAAGCAGAAAGUGGUCAGAGAGUCCAUUGGUCUUGAUACGAAAGAAAGUUCUCCUCGAUUAAUGAGCAAAUCUAUGUCAUUUAGAUCUAUAAGCUCAAGCCGCAACAAUGUCUCUGAAUCAAAAGUUAAGAUGUUAUCCCCUAAGUUUACCCCUGCUCAGGACAAAGGACAAGUGCAGACAAAAGAACGAAGUCAAUUUGAAAGGAAGAAUUCUUUUAGAUCAGAGCGUUCUCCGGGUACUUCUGCUCCAUCUAGAAAUGAUCAAAGAUCAGCAUUUCGAGGUGACCCUUCUCCACUUUCUUCCUCAAGUAAUAUUCGUGAUUCGAGGACAGGUCAACUUGAAAACAAACCCGUGUCAUUAUUGAAAUCUUCUAGUGCUGUUGCUCGUAGGACGCAGGAUAUAUCUGUUCAUUCAGAUGAAGCUAAGAAGCAGAUAUCACACACAUCCAUCUCCACAGGAGCUCCUGCCAAUAAAAUUAGUAGCUGUGAUCAGAGACCUGACCAGAAUAGCGCAAGAGAUGAUUCUUCGUCAAACUCUUAUACUGCUGAGAGGCCGGCAUCUAACGCUGGUGAAGGUAUUUCAGAUUGGCUGUCCCAGCUGAGUGAAUCAAAAAAUGUUGGUGAAAAAAUCAGGGAGAGUUCUGGGAGACGCUUAAAACACACUGGAACUGGUACUAAGUCACAGGUCUGCCAGAAGUGCAAGGGAAGCGGUCACUUGACAGAUAAUUGCACUGUUGAUGGGUCUGAAUUAUCCGCUUCUGAUGUUUCUGCUGUAAAAAAUUCUAGAGAGAUCCCAAAUGGCACCAACAAUCUUAAAGCGGCAAUUGAGGCUGCUAUGCUAAGAAAGCCUGGAAUAUGCCGGAAGAAUAGAGUUGUUGAUCAAUCUGAUGAUUCAGCUGUGUCAAACACAAAUUCUGAAACAACGGCUCAUGAUAGUAAUCUACUAUCUGGUUCAAGUAGCAGAAGAAUUUAUUCUUCCAACGAGGAUGGCUAUGGGGUGUCGUUGAACUCUAUGACUGGCUCUCAUAAACAGGAAAUGAGUAGCUUGCGGCAGCUGUCAGUGCCUCCUGCUGAAGCCCUUACUGGAGCAGGGAAUCCGGUGCCUAUUCUUCUAUUUGAUGGACAGUCUUCACUUCUUGAUUUACAUAGAUAUUCUCAAGCAGCAACGUCAAUGCUGUCGAGGACAGCUAGUCCGAAGGAGGAAAUUAUAUGGCAGGGUGCUUUCGAGGUUCAGAAGAGUGGAAGAACUCUCGACCUAUGUGAUGGAAUCCAGGCUCAUUUAUCAAGUUGUGCAUCACCCAACGUUCUUGAUGCAGUAAACAAAUUUCCUCAAAAGGUCCUCUUUAAUGAGGUAUCACGAUUGAGCAUUUGGCCAAAACAAUUUCAGGAAUAUGGUGUUACAGAAGAUAAUAUUGCCCUGUUCUUUUUUGCUAAAGAGAGUGGGAGCUACGAGAAGCGCUAUAACACUUUGGUGGAGAAUAUGAUUAGGAAUGACACGGGUCUCAAAGCGAAUCUUCAAGGAGUUGAACUUCUGAUAUUCUCAUCUAACCAACUUCCUGAAUUUCAGCGGUGGAAUACGAUGUUCUUCCUAUGGGGUGUCUUUAGAGUAAAGAAAGUGAGGUGCAUGCAACCGCAAGAUAUUCCAGUCUGGCCUGUAGACAAUGUUAAAAGUGGUAAUAUUUCCUUGGAUGGUGAAUUAACUGCUUCAAAGGAGUCUGGCUUUCCAUUAGUUAACGGAAAUGUUGAUUCGAAAGCGUCCCAAGUAUGCAAAGGUGACUCUGCUGAUGCAAAUGUGGAGCACCUGGAGCCUAGCUUCAUGUCUUUUGUACCGACCAGCCACAUGAAUUUUGCCCCCGACAGGAGACAAAUUGGCACUUUCCAGGUUGGAGAUACUGAACAUGAAAACAAAGUGGAGUUGCAAUCUAGUUCUGUGCCAACAGCCAAUUCUUUGUCGCAUAUUAGUACAAGUGAACCAUUGCAAGUGGGAUGUGGUUCUUUACUUGAUAGACAGAAGCCAUCCCGUUCUGUUGAUGAAGCUGCAGGUCAUAUGCAGGAGAAAGCUUCUGUGGGCAGCAUGGAGAAGGGCGUCUGUAGCACAAAUGGUAGGAAAUUUGAGAUAAAUCUGGAAGAUGAGUAUAAGGAUGAAGAAGCAUCUGAAACGAGCGGAAGCGCUACUUUGGAACCAACACGGAAGGUGCUCAAUAGUGAUGUGCCAAACCACCUGAAAUGUCCACGUUCAGUGGAGACCGUAGUGCAAUCUGCUGACUCUGGAGUUAAUCAGGCAACUCGAAAUUUUAAUGAUAAUGAUAGUCUAGUUGAGAAGGCACACUGCGACAAAAAGUUGAAGACCAAUGUUGGUGGAUCUUAUGGUAAUAGCGAACAAACUAGUUGUUCCAGCGAUGAUCUUUUGUCACGGAUGCAUGGUUCCUCUUAUGGACCCUAUCUUCCAGAUACUGGGUAUGAUGAAGCUCUGAGUAAAGCAGCUGUCCCGGAAUGCUCAGGGAGUGCCGCAAGAUAUUUCUUCCCUGUUGAUCCAAAGCCUAAGGCUAGCUCUAUGCCUUGGCAAAUGCAUCAUCCGGACAAUGAUCGGCUUAGUGAUGGAGUCCCGAAUCUUGAGCUAGCGUUAGGUGGUGAAUCAAAUUCACACACUCAGGGAAUCCCAUCCUUUUUAGUUGGGAAAGUAGACAAGAAAAUCAUUCCGGACCAGGGUGGCGAGACACGUGUGCCGACUCCAGGAAUUCCGCCCUUUUUAGUUGGGAAAGUAGACAAGAAAGUCCGUCAGGACCAUUCUUCAGCUAAGGAAGCAGUUGGUGUGGAGGAUCUCCGCCUUUCUCUUUCAUUUCCAUUCCCGGAAAAGGAACAGCAGAGAGGUUCUGUUUCACAAACUGAGCAGGCAAUACCUGAAACAAGACGCGGGAAUACAUCUCUGCUCUUCUUUGGGGGGCUUGGCAACAAGUAGGGGGCGAGAUUUGCCAAUAAUGGUGUACAUUAUAGUUUAUUCACAUGGAUGCGAUAGGUUUACAGCAUGUUCAUAAGGAUACAGGGUUAUAAUUUUGUUAGGUGUUUGCAGUCAGUUUAUUUCUUUUUUUAGUUUGCAAGUGCAGAGUGGACGGCCCUUUUGUAUAUAUAAAGAGAAUGUUAGCCGUUGUGGGCUCUGGUACCAUAGAAAAAUUAUUUUGUCUGCCCCA